CCCAUCUACUCCCCAUUUCAUCCGUAUGAACCAUUCGCUCUCUUUAUUCAGCCUCCCGCAGCCCUAUUGUCCUUGGGAGACAAUGGCCAUGGGCCAUCCUUAGCCAUUCAUUCCUUAUUGCUACAUAAGUCCUCGAUAGAACCCAGACCUCCACGGUCUCUACUUACUUCUUACGCCUUUCCUUACCUUCCUGUUCCCCCGGACUCUUCUCUCCUAGUCUUCGACAGAGGAAAAAAAGACCACCGCCAAAACGUCUGCUUGCCAGAUACAUCUUCAAGACAAAAACCCACACAAAAUAGCAAUCUGCAGGUCAGAGGCUACGAUAGCGGUCUCAUCAAGACAUUCAUUGUGAGUCAAUAUGCAUGAACACGAGCAGCACAACGGCGAGAUCCAGUUUCCUGUACCAGACAGGACUGACCUGAACCCCGAAUCAGCAUUCGAAUACGAGGAGCCCGAGAUGCUUCCCACGAUCAAAGGUACCGGCUACCUAGUCCUCAAUGGACUUCGAGCUCUCACCCUCGUCGGCCUCGCCAUGGCCAUGGCGUCCUCUUGGAUCAUGAUUGUACUCUCAUGUCUUGGUGGACGCUUCGACUUUUUCGACUCGGCUUCCCACUUCUUCGUCUUCGCCGUCGCCAUCUUUCUCUUCAUCUCCGAGUUGAACAUUAGGUCGUUCAGAGGAUUCUUUGCCAGGAGCUGGCCUGUCCUAUGUCCGACUCAUUCACUGGUAUGGCUCGGUCUAGCCAUGGUCGUCAUGGGCUGCGCCAUCAUGGGCGAUCUGGUCAAACCGGCCUACUCCAUGGACAACCUCGGACUCGCCAUGUGGCGCCUCGUACUCGCCUCGGGCAUCCUCUCCCUUACUUUCGGCGUCUUCAACGUCGUCGCGUCGCUCAUCUUCAACACUUCUGAAGGCGAGGGCAAGAUCAGAAGACGAAUCACGGCCAGAAUGAUCCGCAGCCACGGUGACCAAGCUAAGGGCAUCAUCGAGAAGCAGGACCCAUUCCCUGACUACUACAGUAGCCAGAGCGGCUACCCCGAGGAUCUGCCACCGGCGGUGAACGACCACUACUACCCCCCGGUGGUGCAGGAGCAAGAGCAGCCGGAGCUGGACAACACCUUCAAGGCGCGGGCGCACAGAUGGACCAGGGCGGCCUUCCCCAAAAACUUUCGCAAAUCCGGCAGGUUCCCCGUCAUUAGCGAUCCCAUCCCCAGCGUUGGGGUGGUGGCGCCCACUCCUCAGAUGAACACGGACAGCAAGCGAUCUGGUGAUCAUACUGUCGACCUCGAACGCGGUGACAGCUUCCGCAGCAACCGCAGAAACAGUGGCGGGCGCUUCCCUAUCAACACCGGCGCAGGAAGAAACAACAGCCCUCCGCCCCAGAAUGACCGUUCCAGCCCCGUCUCGCCAAACGUCCAGAGACCGCCAACUGUGCUACACCCUUACUACAAUGGCGGUAGAAGGAGCCCGAGUCUGUACAGUGAUGCGAACAUGUCCCGGUUCUAAGGGUUGGUGGGCUGAGUGAUGAUGGGUCGUACAAUUUGAGAUGGGCUGGGAUAUGAGCGACGGACUUCUGUAGAUAGCUGGCAUUUUUUUCUUCUUUUUUCCCCCCCCCCUGUUCU